AUGCCGACAUUCUCACGCUCGCACAGACGGCAACUUUGUGCCGUGGAGUUAUUGCGGAGUCACCGCAGCUGGAUCCUUGAUUAUUCAUUCGAGAACUGGCGUCAGAUAUUCCAGACAGCAAGCGUUGACGCGCUCGCUCUGGAGGCGAAUCUUCAGCGCAGUCGACAGCACAACGACAGCAUUAAGGAGCUUCUCAUGAAGCAGAUAGUCUUCACUGAAACUGGCAAACUCUCCAAAGCGGAUUUCUUUAACUCACUGUGCCUCGCUGAGCUCGACUAUACAGCUGCUGCAGGUUUUUCUUCGGAAGAGUAUGCACUAUUUCGUCAGGUGCAUAUGGAGCAGAAACGGGCUGGACGGAGCUGGUCAGAAUGCUCGCUUGUUACUACGAUGUUAUAUAACAUGACAGUCUUGUCCAACGGCAAUCAGCUCUUGAAACUGAGACGCAUCAGCUUUGCCACGCUAGCUGCAAAGAUUAACUGCUUGGCCACGAAGACCCCAACCAGCGACGAAUGA